UCUCAUGCCUCUCACUCUCUGCUGAAGUCAGUUUCCUGAAAGCUAGCUGUCCAUCGCUGCAGUGUGGUUCUUUUUCUCUGUAAGGCCUAAGUUUCAGUUAUGAAGAAGCCUGGGUUCAACCUGCUUUGUCUCCUUCCCCUUUCGAUGACCAUUGGCCAAGCUGCCGCUGUGGAUGAAGCGAAAAUCUGCUAUGUCUUGGACGCCAUUCUGUUCGUCUACGGACUUGUCCUAACUAUCCUUUACUGCCGACUGAAGAUAAUGCAUGAACUUGCAAAAAAACAGUCUUCUGCAAAGACGGGAGCAUCAGAGGGAGUCUAUGAAGGACUUUCACAUCGUACUCAAGAUACGUAUGAGUCCAUCAACUUGAAGAAGACCAAAGCAUAAGACGGACAUAGUGAACAAAAAUAAUCCGAAUGCUUUAUUUUCCUCUUCUUAACAUUAUUUAAUUGUCUUAUUCCUGUUGACUAAUGUAGACCGAUGUAAAAUCUAAGCAACUUUCUUUUAAUGGAAUUGCACUGUAAUGCUAGAAACAGAUGUAUAUCUAAUUUUACUAGCUUAAUAAUUAUUGAAAAUUCUUUAAUGUCUGCAUAUUUUUGAAAAGUAUAUAUGUAUUUGAAGAAAAGUAAACAACUUUAUGAGGAAAGUAAUGUUAGAAAGUAGCAUCAUAGAAAGUAAUAUUCAAGGCCAUUGGGAUUUUUGAGAAAUUAACAUUUUUGUUCUAUGAACAAAAUGUCAUUUAUGCUGAAUAACUGUACAUUUAUAUACUUAAUGUCUCACUUCUCUCCCUUUUAUAUUCCUUGUAUACAUACUUUUCAAAGUUUGUGGGCUAGCUUUGCGUAAUUCCUAAAUUGCUAAAACAUUUGUCUACUUGUGCUGUUUCUCUUCUGCAAAGUUGUUUCAUAUGUCUCUGGCUGCUAUAGCAACAGCAGUUCCUCCAACCACAGUGUUCGAUUAACUUCCUGUUUUCUGAUCGUGUUGGUUGUCUGACAGAAGUGGAGUAUCAAAACUUAGAACAGAACUACAGCGCUGGUUAUAUAAGUAAAUACUGAUUUCUGUACUCUUGAGAUAGAGAUCAUGGUAAUGCAGUUUUGACAUCAAGCACCAGAGAGCAGCAUUUAUGCACAUUUGUCACUGCGGACAUGUCUCCACCACUCAGUGUUGCAUCCUGCACGUUCACUUGUGCAUCACUAUGGACUCAAGUUUCUCAAGUUUCUGACCUAUGCUUGCGUGUCUCUGGGUUCUCUGUUAUUUAUAAUUUUGUAUUCUAUCUAUAAUUCUCUGGAUUGCCCUUUUGGGCUGUUUUUUGUAAUUUUUUAAAAAUCAUUUCUUUCAGUAAAACAUCUACAUAUGCAUCCAGGUUGCUGAGCCUGUUUGUUAUAAGCCAUUAAUAAACAUACCCAUAAUA